AUCACGCGCCGGAGGACUCUUCCGGGGCCGGGGCCAACCCAAGGUGUUGCUGUCAGGGCUGCACGGCGGGAGGGAGCCCAGAGGAGGCGCCCUCCCGAGGCCACCACUGCCCAUGCAGUCCAUCCAUUCAGCCAUCUGGCUACUGAUGUCAUGAGUAACACGACAGUGCCCAAUGCCCCCCAGGCCAACAGCGACUCUAUGGUGGGCUAUGUGUUGGGGCCCUUCUUCCUCAUCACCCUGGUCGGGGUGGUGGUGGCCGUGGUAAUGUAUGUGCAGAAGAAAAAGCGGGUGGACCGGCUUCGCCAUCACCUGCUUCCCAUGUAUAGCUAUGACCCUGCAGAAGAACUACAGGAAGCUGAGCAGGAGCUGCUAUCUGAUGUGGGAGACCCCAAGGUGGUUCAUGGCUGGCAGAGCAGCUACCAGCACAAGCGGGUGCCCCUGCUGGACAUCAAGACAUGACCACCCACCCAGAUAGGUACAGGAGCAUGUCUAGUCUGAGCACCUACAGCUGGCCCCAAGCCAAGCCUUCCAGGGACGGACAGGCCUCUUCCACACUAGCCUAUUCCCACGGUGACAGGUCCAGAUGUAUAUGUUUUGUAAAUAAAAACUUUUGUGGCUUCAA